GGGAGGGGGCACACAGAGGGAGCCUGGACAAGGUGGAGAAGGAACAUAAGGACUGGCGCAGGUAGAACCUAAAGGCCAGGGCAAAGGGGCACAAGUAGACCCUGGGUGCAAAGACUGGCCCAGGGACUAGCCUGGAAACCAGGACAGUGACUGAUGGAAUGGCCUGAAGAUUGGAGAAGAAUGCAACUGUUAACGCAAAGUCCUCUGCAACUAAUAAUACUCUCGCAGAAGCAAGUUGGGGCUCACUGAGAGAUUAUACAUAUUGUGCCAGAAUGGUUGAACUUCAGGGAAAGAAAUACUGAUUUCAGUCUUAAAAGUGUUAGACUUGCAAGAGGAAAGUGUCCUUAAAGGAUUGUCACAUGCCACGGGCCUUCUCCAUUGGAGUCAUACAGUAUAUAUUUUUUAGUUCCUGGAAGUGGCCGUGACGAAGUUCUGCAACCACAGCUAUCGUUCUAAUUGAUUAAUAUGUACUGACUCCCAAAGGCACUUAAUGCUACAGCUCAGAAGUCUUAAUAUGAUUAUAAGGUGCCUGGAACAUGAACUAAGGUCAAGGUGUACUUUUUCUUGAGGUUUGAUCACAUUUCAGGCAGUACAUCUUGUCAAACUGAAAAUGAACUGUGUCCCCUGGAAAGGCGAUAAGUUAAAACUGGACUCUGAUGCUCAGGCAUCUACUCUGAUCUACCACGAGAAACAGAGGAGAGAGCUGUGCGCACUUCAUGCCCUCAACAAUGUCUUCCAGGAUGGGAGAGCAUUCACAAGAGACACCCUACAGGAGAUUUUUCAGAGGUUGUCCCCUAAUACCAUGGUAACACCGCACAAGAAGAGCAUGCUAGGAACAGGAAACUACGACGUUAAUGUCAUCAUGGCUGCUCUUCAAACUAAAGGUUACGAAGCUGUUUGGUGGGACAAACGAAGAGAUGUUAAUACUAUUGCUCUUUCAAACGUGAUGGGCUUUAUUAUGAACAUCCCCUCCAGCUUGUGUUGGGGUCCGGUGAAGCUUCCCCUUAAACGGCAACACUGGAUUGGCGUACGCGAGGUUGCUGGAAUCUAUUACAACCUCGACUCGAAGCUGAAACUGCCAGAUCAGAUCGGUAACGAGGAUGAACUCAGAAAGUUUUUGAAACACCAGCUGAGGGGGAAGAACUGUGAGCUGCUAUUGGUUGUUAGCGAAGAGGUUGAAGUUCAUCAAAGCUGGAGAACAGAUGGCUGACUUGGGGAUAUCCCAAUUGAACUAAGCCUUGCAAUCACUACAGCUCCAUAUUCUACGAACAGAAGCAAAACUCUUAAACCACAGCAACCGUUGAAGACUCUAUCGGCCGAAAAGGAAUUCCUUUUUAGCUCUGCAUAUCUUUAAAAGACUUGGUGACUUAAAUAUCCUAAAGGAGAGUUGGUGCUUUUUAAAAUCUAUGAAUUACUCAAAGAGCAGAAAAUCUUAUGAGGGACGAAAAGUGUUUUGUCUUUGUUUUGUUGCUUAAGUGAAGAAAAAAAUGUAAAUUAUAUAAAUAUCGAAAUUGGGGGGGGGGAAUUAUCAAAAAUAUGGGGGCAGCCAGGUAAAGCUUCAGGUCUGGGGCCAAGACUAAACUAAACAAGAAUUUCAAAUCCUUGCCUAAGGCCCAAUUAAAUUCCUUGCUCUAUAAGUAAAAACUCUAAAUGCUGGAAAUAUUCGGCAGAUCAGGCAACAUCUGUGGCAAGAGAAACAGAGCUAACCCUUUAGGUUGGUGACCUUUUAUCGAGAAAGUUGUUGCUUGAUUUGGUAUAUCUGAGUAACGUAUCCCGUCCCCCCAACCUGCUUUCCCAGCCAGCAAUGGCUACCCAGUCUUUUUUUUUUUUAAAAGAGUCAUCAAAACUUCCACUCACAAAAACAUUAGGUUGUUGCUAAAAAUUGGGGCGAGGUCUGUGCUGGGCAUAAUGGCCCAUUUUUGGAGAUUAUUCCCUUUCCUGUCUACGUGCAGCAGCCCAUGUAAUUUGAGAGGCCUUGAAGUGACAAAUCAAGUUUUUAAAAUUAGUGUUUUGGCUAUCUGUUUCUUAAAAUGGACACAGAGCUUAAAAGUGGUCGCUGCAUUGACAAUCUGGUCAAAGGUAGAGAACAUUGUUGAGAUUGUUCAAAUCCUGUAGGUAUUAGUUUUCCUGUAUGCAUUGUAAUUUGACAGAAGUUUGUACUACCUGUUAGUGCCAAUGGAAGUGUCUGUGCUAUUCAAAUGUCCUAUAGCACUCCACAUUAGUGACAUCCAGGGGUAGCUUUAACAUAACUCACCAGACUGGAACCCUACAGUACUGGGUGGAUCACCAGUUUUACGCCCCACCCAGUAUUAAUCUCCACUGAUUUCAAUAGGGAGUGAAAUCGGGUGGGGUGUGAAACCAGCAUUGCAGCCUAUUCUCAUCUGUUUCCCAAAAGGAGGGAGGGGUGGAGGGCGGGGGUGGUUGGAGUUUGGGUAGAAUUUCCCCCAGCCCCACGCUGUGUCAGGAAAUAAUUGUCUGAUCGACCAAACCCAGAAAUUGGGACCAGUGGCAAAUUAUAUAAAACAAAUAAUGUGGACGGGUUAAGAUAACCAACAGCACAAAUUCUUGGGCAAGCAGGCACUCUUUUUAGGCACCUUAAUAAUUGUCUGGACAAUCUAUUGAAAAAGAGCAGGGACUUGUUGGGAGAUUCCAAAUUCCCCAAACUAAAAUUUGUUGGCUACAUUUCAUAAAACUUAAAAAUUUACUUCAUGUAAAUAAUUUUAUUUAGCUGAUCAGACAACCCAACCACUGAUGCAAGGACUGGAGACUGGGGGUUGAUUAUAUUUCUCUUUGUUCUAGGAGUUUGCAGAUAGACUGAUCAUCUGUGCAUCUCAGAGAGGUCUGCACUCUGCCAGCAUGUUUUGUGGUUUAAUGUAUGGCAUCAAGUCUCACUGUAAGAUCAGAUAUUGAGAGAAAAGGAGGGAGCAAGUUCACAAUGGAAUCAUUUUCCUCAUACUCACUCUUCCCUAAUUUUGACCGCUGUGAAUGUUCCUUGGGUUUCCUCUCGUUGUAAAAAGUGUAGCGCUGUGGAUUUAGAUCAGCUGGCUUGGCUUGAUUUUAUAUUAAGGGUCCUGGUAAAAAUGAUGUAAUUAACAACAACUUUGCAUUUCUUGAGUGGGCUUUAGCCAGGAGACUUGAAAUGACAGUAUAGCGACUAACCCAUGAUAGUAUCUUAAAUCCACCAAUAUGGACAAACUGAGAAAGUAUUGGCUGUUCUGAUCGGAAGAAUAAAAGCAUUGAGAAGCCUCAAUCUUAUUUACUAGUUGUGGCCUGAUUGGUCAUGGGCACGGUUCCGUUUUUAAAAAAUGCUCCCCUUCACUAGGUACUUGAAGACUGUGACAGCUCUGGGGCGUGCUAUCCUUGGAGUUGCCAUGUUCUCAUUGCUGACUGUGCGCCAUCAUCACUCAGUUGCUGGACACCAAAAUGCUUGUCACCUGCUGAAAAAGUGGCUGGUGUACAUCUUUUUAAAAAAAAACUUUACCAUUGGUGCCCAAAUAGAGGGCAGGAUUGUGGUUUCAAUGAAGGAAAGACUUGAAUUUCUAUGGCGCCCUUCAUGACCUCAGGAUAUCUCAAAGCGCUUUACAGCCAAUGAAGUACUUAUGAAGUGUGGUCACUGUUGUAAUGUAAGGGUGAGAUUAGUAAAGUCAGUGGCCUCCCUUAUCCAUAAUUUGUGAAAUCACCUACACUUACUGCAAACUAAAGUUGGAAUAAGUAGACGUGUAGAAUUGGCCAACAGAAUUUGAGUUGGCUAGAAACUAAACUGAUCUGAAUUUUAUAGCUGCAUUUCAGAAAACCCAAGGAAGAGAAAAGGCUAUUCACUUCAACAAAUUCAUCUCUUUGGCACAAAUAUUUAAAUAGCAGAUUCGCCAUCGAUGAAGAUUUUGGUUGGCCUUGAGCUCAGACCCAGAAAGUGAUAAUUUAGUCAGCUCACUUGUGGUUAGGCAGGUAGGUGAUCUCAAAAUGCUGGUUUGUAAUUUGAGUUUGAGUUAAGCUGCUACUUGGACUCCUUUGGCUGUCCCAAGUAAUACUCCCUGAGUUUCCCACUCAGCAGCUGCAUGGACCUUUUCAGUGGUUUGCAGUGAGUUGGAGAAGUAUGGAGUAACUGGUAUCUAUUCCCAGCUGGCCUGGUCCUCAUCUUGUUUAUAAGUCUUGAAAAUGUAAACAGCCUUGAGCACAUCAUCACUCGAGUCCGGUGGCUGCUUGAAAGAGGGGAGAAAAACAAGGCAACAGUGUGAAGGGAAGAGGAUGUUUAUUGGAAUGUAAAUAGGGACACAGUGAGGGAGGAGUGCAGUCCGAUCAGAUGUAGCAGUGCCCAGUUUAAUUGUGUGAUCAACAAUCCAAUGCUGAGUUGACACUCUGGAAAGAAGUGAUGCAUCCAAACUUGCAAACCUCUUGAUACUCCAAAGCUGAAGGGUACGGGAGGAGUGAGACCUUCUGCCGCUGGUACAGCCCAGUCACGUUUACAGAGAGCGCAUGCUAAAGGCAGGGGAUUAUCAUUGCAUCAACGUUUCCCACUGACCACAACUAGUUUCAAACAUGUGAAAAUUGGAUAUGGAAAUCUGAACGGUAUCUCAUUUGGGAAGCUGAAACCUACCAAAAGUCAGGCAUUGUUACGCUUAACCAAGAUGAAUAGGAAAGGGGAAGUGCAACUGGAUGCUCUUCUGUUUUCAAACUUUGUCAUCAUUGAGACGAAAAUGGAUGGGUUCCUCACACUUUAAUAGAGUAUUAAAGUAUUAGAGUAUUGUUUUGUCAGUUACUGGAAUGGUAAUGAAUGUUCAGACCUGUACCGGGGAAGGAAUUUUCACAAGUGUAACCUUAGCAUCUACAUGGGAGUUGAGGUUUGGAUACAGUAAAGUAGAUUAUGGAGGGGGCUGGAAACAGUAUUUGUAGGUUGUUUGGGUCUGGAGUGGCAAUUGUAGGUUAUGAGGGUGGUCUGGAGAUGGUAUUUGUAUGUUCUGGGGGCGUUGGAGAAAGUCAUGUAAAGAAAAUGUAAGUGACGCAGUGUUGUUUUCAUCAUCCUGACGGACAGUGCACAUAAAACUUUUGUGGCCAUGGUUGCGGAAUUCCAAUACUGCAGCGUUCCUGGAUGUGACCAACUUGUAUAAUACAUUUGUCUUUUAUUUUGGCACUGUGAACUGGAAGGAAAGCCUCUCAGUCAAUAUAGCAUUUCAUUAAGGGGAGGGGGUUAGUUCUGGCCCUCAUUUUAGAAGGGGUUGUUAUUAAGUUACUGUUCAGAGAAUUGGCCAAAGUUUGUUGUAUUGGCAAUCCCCCAAUGCAACUUUGCUGCUUUCUCCCAUUAAUCAGAUUAGAGCAAGGAAAAUCGAGCCUAUCCAACAGGGGCUCUGCAAAUGUGUGUAUCUCUACUGCCUCUGUUGCACUUUAAAAAUGAUAACUUUAUUGCAUAGUGAACACAGAACUUGGCAUGAUUGCAGGCAGAAAGGAAAUCAGUCUGUAUUUUUACAUUAUUGACACCCUGUCGCUGUUAGUUAUCCCUUAAAUUUGGGAGAGGGAUGAACAGUACAAAGCUGUAUAAAAACACUAUAUGUUUUGGGUAAUUGUGAGGAUCAUUUUUGUUUCAAGUUCCUCAGGCCACAUAAAUAAAUUGAGUUUCUGAUCUGCCAGCCUUGUGACCCUUUCUUCAUCCUAUUUUGUGUUGUGUCUAUGUGAAUAGAAAAAAAAAAUUGUUUUAAAAAAACCUUCCAUUAAUUUGUUUAAGUAUGAAACUAAUAGUUUUUGUGGCCUUAAUGUGUAACAUGAAAGAGUUUAUGGCAGUGUUUAAGAAAAGUCACUAUUAAACUUUUCUUGUCAACAGA